CUAUUUUUUUUUUCAAUUGGAUAAUUAAAAAUGGAGACUACUAGGGUUCGAGAGAGGGAUGCGGCAGCCAAGGCAGACAGCAACUUCCAGCGACGGCAAGGAUCCAGGCGGCGGAUUCCAGGCUUCAGUACUCAGUUAUCAGGGAAGGUUCAGACAUUUUUAUAAUUUCCCCAAGACGGAGACAGCAAAGAGUCUCUGGUUUUGCUUUCAACGAUACGACAAGGUAGUGGAUGUUUUUCUGCCGAACAAGAGGGGCAAGUGGGGGAACAUAUUUGGGUUUGUUCGAAUGGUAAGAGUGCAAAAUGAGGCACAGAUGGUGAAAAAGCUGAAUGAGAUCUGGUUUGGGCUGUAUAAGUUGAGGGUGAAGAUGGCUGAUAGACCACAGAAGAGGCUUCCUGAGCAGACGAAGGCAUCAGGUGCAGAAACUGGGUUGCGGAGAACGAAUAGAUUGGUGCAACCAGGCCACUCUUAUGCACAGGCAGUUUUGGGGAAGAAUAAGUGGGUUGAAAAACAACAGCCACAAGGUAUGAUAGCAAUGGAGAAGGUAUCGGUUAAGAGACAUGAGGAUCAGGAUAUAGAGCAGAGGGUAUUGGGUGCCGAGCACAAGGGAGAGGGAUUGGGUGCAAAGGAAAAUGUACAGGAAAAGUGUAUGGGUGCAAAUAGAGAUUGUAUUAUUGCGUUUGAGUCUACAAAGGAAGAGAUUCAAUGGCUGGAAUGGGGCAUGGUUGCUGUUUUGAAUUCUUUAAUGCCAGUGAUAGGUAUCCAAGAGAGAAUGGAUGUGGAUGGAGGGUUGCUUGCAUUAUUUCCAUUAGGGGGAAGUUCAAUGCUACUUCUUGAAAAGGUAACGGAGGAUGGAUGGAGAUCAGACCCAGAUUGGUGGUUAUCGAAGGGUGAACGACAGAGUACGACGAGGACAUCAUCGGAAUAUUCCUCCACGCAUAUUGAUAGUGAGGAUCAAAAAUUUAUUGAUGACGACAUUCUCGACGAAGAUGAAGAUAACAUUGAAUUGGAGCUGUUACAAGAGAAUGGAAUUUUGAAUUCAAAAAGCAAGCAAAUUGAUGGUGAGUCGCUAACUGGUGGAGAUGGGGGUUAUGACGGUUGUAAUGAAAAUGGGUUGAGGAGUGCUAACGGGCUGCUAGAGGAUUAUAAGGGGUUGAAGGACAAUGGGGUUGUGGACGUUAAUGGGCUUGUGGAAGUUAAUGGGUCAGGAGAAGAUGAUGUAGAAAGUUCUUUUAGUAAGAUGCCCAAGGACUCAAAGCAGAAAAGGGCAUCACGUGAUAAGGAGAGAAAGGCAACAGACUUGUCAGGAAAAAGACAUAGAAAAGUGGUAGAGUGUUAUCUAGAAGAAAUUGCAGAAAUCUGGAAUGAGAAAGCAGAGUGGGGGGAAGGAGAAUCUCUUUCAGAUGGUUGUAUUGCUCAUCGGAAUCAAGUUAUUCAACGGGAGAUUAAUAUGCAAGAGGUAAAGAAAAUGAUGUGCAUUGAAAGAAGGCUUGGUAUGCAAUUCGAAGGUACCGAAGAGGAGGUGGAGUCACGGCUGUUGAAGCUGGAAGAGAGAGAUGAAAGCAGGAGACAAAAAGGGGGUUUAGGGAAUAUGGUGAAGAGGAGGGAGUUGGAUAGGCUAGUACGGGUAGAAAAACCAAAUUUGCUAUUCCUACAAGAGACCAAAUUAGAAGGGGUUGAAGAGGGUUUGUGUAAAAAGCUAUGGUACUCAGAUGAUUUUGAUUGGAAUAUGAAAAGUUCGGUUGGUGCUUCAAGAGGCUUGAUCUGUAUGUGGGAUAAAUCAUUAUUUGUUAAGUUGGGGGAGUUUACAGGAGAUGGGUAUUUGGGGAUAAAAGGGCAAUGGGGGGUAAAAAAGGAGGUAUGCUUUUUUGUGAAUAUUUAUGCACCGAAUGAAAGGAAGAAAAAAGUUGCAUUAUGGGAUGAGUUGAGGCAGAGGAUUGUUGAGGAGGGUGGUCGGUGGAUGCUUGCAGGGGAUUUCAAUGCUGUUAGGAGUAUGGACGAAAGAAGGGGAAAAACAAGGGAGAGUGCCGAUAUGAAGGAUUUUGAUCUUUUUAUAGAAACGGCAAGGCUAGUUGAUAGCAAGUUGAUAAAUCAAAAGUUUACAUGGUACAAACCAGAUGGCACAGCAAUGAGUAGAUUAGACAGGAUAUUGAUGACUAUGGAAAUGAGCAAUAUGGGUGGUUACAAGUGUCUUCAGAAAUUAAAAAUGUUGAAGCAAUUUCUGAAGAGUUGGAAUCAGGAUGUCUUCGGGGAUGUAGAAACUCAGUUUCAACAUGCAGCGAGCACUGUAGCAAAACUUGAUAUGAAGAAUGAGGAGCAAAAAUCAAGAUCCAAUUGGGCAAAAUGGGGGGAUGCAAAUUUGAGAUACUUCCACCAAAUUGCAAAUGGGAGAAAGGCUCAUAACAACAUUGUUGGCAUUUCGUGUGAUGGCAGGUGGAUUGAAGAGCCAGAGGUGAUAAAGAGAGAGGUGGUUGGGUGUUUUCGAAGGGCAUUUGCCAAUGACUCACGAAAUCGUCCAAAUCCCAUUGGAAUUGGGUUUAAAAGGAUCUCUAAAGAGAUGAUAGCAUGGUUAGAAAGACCAUUCUUGACAGAAGAAAUUGAGGAAGGGUUAAAGAGUUGUGAGGGAACAAAAGCAGCGGGGCCGGAUGGAUACAAUUUUAGUUUUAUCAAGCUGUGGGUGGUAAUGUCGGAGAUCAUUAGUGAUUCUCAAUCUGUGUUUUUGGGAGGCCGUCAACUUGUUGACAGUGUGCUAGUCUUAAAUGAGGUGGUGGAAGAGGUCAAGCAGCGUAAGCAACAAGCUUUUAUCUUCAAAGCUGAUUUCGAAAAGGCGUACGACUGCAUAGAUUGGUCGUAUUUAGAUUGGAUGAUGAGCAUAUUUGGUUUUGGCGGGAAGUGGCGAGGGUGGAUCCGAGAAUGCCUUUCAACUGCUCGAGUCUCAGUUUUGGUUAAUGGAAGCCCAACAGAGGAGUUUGCGAUGGGAAAAAGAUUACGACAGAGGGAUCCUUUAUCUCUGUUCCUUUUUCUCAUGGUGGCUGAGGGUCUGCAUGGACUAGUCAAAAAAGCAGAAGAGGAGGGAUUGCUACAAGGUAUCACGGUGGGCAACAAUGGCUUAACUAUUUCUUUGCUUCAAUUUGCAGAUGAUACAGUGAUAUUGGGGAAAGCUAAUAGUGAGUGUAGUUUUACGGUUAAAACCAUUUUGAGAUGGUUUGAGUUGAUAUCUGGGUUGCGGAUAAAUUUUGGCAAAAGUAGUGUCUUUGGUUUCAACGUGACUCCUCGGUGGAUUAAAGGGGCAGCAAGUGCUCUUCAUUGUGGUGUUGGGGAAACACCCUUUAUGUAUCUGGGUAUGCCGGUUGGUGGGAAGAGUGGGAGCAAGAAGAUGUGGGAUCCAGUUCUGCAUAAAUUUCAAGCCAAGUUAGCGGUCUGGAAGUCUGCUGGUGGUCGCAUCACUUUACUUAACUCGGAGAGGUAUUAUGGUGGAAGGGAGGAAAUGGAUAUUACAGCAGUGGAUACAGUUAGGGUGUUUAGGUUGUGGAGGGAUGUUCUGAGUAUAGGGUUGCGAUCAGAUGGUUUAAAGAAUAUGCUGGUGAAGGGUUUUAGAUGGGGGGUGGGAGAUGGAAGUAGGGUGGAUUUUUGGAAAGCGGUUUGGGUGGAGGAGAAAACUUUGAAGGAUCUGUGUCCUAGGCUUUUUCAAUUGGCGAUUCAUAAGGAUGGUUUAGUUAGUGAGAUGGGGGUUUGGGAGGAAGGUAGUUGGCGAUGGAGGAUUGAUUGGAGAAGAGGCAGACGGGGGAGAGAAAAGGAUGAGGAGGUGCUGUUGUGGGAGAUCCUGGGUACAGUUCAACUUAAGGAAGGUGUUAAGGAUUGUUGGCAGUGGGUGCAUGUUCUUGAUGGCAGGUUUAUGGUGAGACACGCGUAUGCGUUUUUGGAAUCAACGAAUUACAUUCUUAAUGAACAAUUAUUGCCGAAUAGAGUGGGGGGAUUAAUGGAUUUGUUUGCAUAUGGGUUGGGUAGGGUGAUAGGGAAGGAAUUGGGAGCUUGCAUCUUUCUUGUUACUGCAUGGGAAGGAUAUAAUGGGGCUGCUAGGUGGGUCAUUGUCCAGCAUAAGUAUGUGGCCUUGGUACCGGAUGUUGGCCUAGUUUUGUAAGUCUCAAUUCUGCAGUUUGUAGCCUUGUUUGUGUAUAUGGGUUAGAGUACCCCUUGUACUCUGUAUUAAUAUCAUUCUAUUCAUUUUGCUGAUAAAAAAAUUUUUUUUUU